CAUUGGAGAGGAGCAGAGCAGCGCUAUAAACACACUUGCUUUGGAGAAGUGGACUGACGCGCUGCUAAGUGGACAUGCAGACAGAUAGGGGACAGCUAGAACAACAAAAGUAGAAAGUGCACCAAGAGCUUUGCUCGCAGUUUGGCUUCGCAGCUGUUGCAAAUUGGGACUUCUUAUUUGGAACCAAAGAGGCGUUGACAUGGGUAGGUUUAGCAGCAGUGAUGGUUGUCAAAAUGAGUUUUUAGCAAUGAGAAUGUUGCAAGGUUAGCCAGAGUGGAGAUAUCUUGAGCAGAAAGUGGCAUUGAACCCGCAACCUGUACUUUUUGGGGAUGGACUAAAUUUGGCAUUUGACCUCCAAGCUUGCGAAACCUUUUUGGAAGUGACCCCAGUAAAAACAAAAAAGAGUCUGGAUAUAUUUACUUAUUUUUACAUUUUCUGCAAAAAGGAUUCUUGGAAGAUAAGAAAAUUUAGCUGACCACUGCGGACCGCCCUGGAGGUGUGUGUUCUGAGGGACUUGUCUGGUUGCUCUCACCCCCAAGAACAUGGGCUCUUUCUGGGGUAGCGUCGUUCUGCUGCUGGCUGGACUUGUGAUUCUCAGGACUGAAGGUUAUGGAUCUCAGAAUAAGAACAACAUCCCCAGGCUAAAACUUUCUUAUAAAGAAAUGCUGGACUCCAACAACCUGGAGACAUUUGAAGGUCUUCCCAACAGUUCGUCCUACCACACGUUUCUUCUGGAUGAGGAGAAGGGGAGGCUGCUGGUGGGAGCCAAGGACCACAUCUUCUCAUUCAACCUCCUCAACAUCAGCCAGGAGUACACACAGAUUCCAUGGUUGGCUGCUCCGAACAGACGAGAUGAAUGCAAAUGGGCAGGCAAAGAUCUAUUGAGGGAGUGUUCAAACUUCAUCAAGGUCUUACAGCCAUACAACCACACGCAUGUUUACGCGUGUGGGACAGGAGCCUUCCACCCCGUGUGCACCUAUCUGGAGGUGGGACGCAAGCCAGAGGAUGGCGUAUUCCGGUUGGAGCCCCACAUCGAAAACGGUCGUGGGAAGAGUCCGUACGAUCCCCGGCUCACCACGGCCUCCAUGCUCAUCGAUGGGGAGCUGUACUCCGGCACGUCAGCCGACUUCAUGGGCCGUGACUUCGCCAUUUUCAGGACCCUCGGGAAGCAUCAUCCAAUCAGGACAGAGCAGCAUGACUCCAGGUGGUUAAAUGACCCACGAUUUGUCGGAGUGCACCUCAUCCCAGAGAGCGACAAUCCUGAAGACGACAAGAUCUAUCUGUUCUUCAGAGAGAACGCCAUGGACGGAGAGUACGCUGGGAAGGCCACCUACGCCCGCAUCGGACAGCUCUGUAAGAAUGAUUUGGGAGGCCACAGGAGCCUGGUGAAUAAGUGGACCACGUUUCUUAAAGCUCGCCUCGUCUGCUCUGUGCCAGGGACUAACGGCAUUGACACACACUUCGAUGAACUGCAGGAUGUUUUUCUCAUGAGCACUAAGGAUCCCAAGAGUCCGACUGUCUAUGCAGUCUUCACCACGUCCAGUAACAUCUUCAAAGGCUCGGCAGUGUGCAUGUAUAGUAUGGCUGACAUCCGGAGAGUAUUCCUGGGUCCCUAUGCUCACAGAGAUGGGCCCAACUACCAGUGGGUGCCGUUUCAGGGGCGUGUUCCCUACCCACGGCCCGGGACAUGUCCAAGCAAAACUUUUGGAGGAUUUGACACGACAAAGGACCUCCCAGAUGAGGUGGUGACUUUUGCCCGGGCCCACCCCGCCAUGUUCAACCCCAUCUACCCCAUCAACAACAGGCCCAUCAUUGUCAAGACCGACGUGGACUACCAGUUCACCCAGAUAGUGGUGGACAAGGUGGAGGCGGAGGACGGGCUGUAUGACGUCAUGUUCAUCGGCACAGACAUCGGGACGAUCCUAAAGGUGGUGUCCAUCCCCAGAGGGUCCUGGCAUGAUCUGGAGGAGGUCCUACUGGAGGAGAUGACAGUCUUCAGAGAACCCACAUCCAUCACUGCAAUGGAGCUUUCUACCAAACAGCAACAGCUGUACUUGGGCUCGGACAUUGGUGUAUCCCAGAUGCCCUUGCACCGCUGUGAGGUGUAUGGGAAAGCCUGUGCCGAGUGCUGCCUGGCCCGGGACCCCUACUGCGCCUGGGACGGCUCUGAGUGCUCAAGAUACUUCCCCAUGGCCAAAAGGAGGACGAGGAGGCAGGACAUCAGGAACGGAGACCCGCUCACACAGUGCUCCGACCUGCAGCACGACGAGGAGCUGAACGGGCUGACCACGCUGGAGGAUAAGACUGUGUACGGGGUGGAGAACAGCAGCACAUUCCUGGAGUGUAGCCCCAAGUCCCAGAGAGCCCGGACCCACUGGCAGUACCAGCGCUCCGGGGACCAGCGCAGGGAGGAGGUGAAAUCAGGGGAGCGCUUCAUCCGCACAGACCAGGGCUUGCUGAUCCGCACCCUCUCCAAGUCCGACUCCGGAGUGUACACCUGCCAGGCUGUGGAGCACGGCUUCAUGCAGACACUACUAAAGGUCACCCUGGAGGUCAUCGGCACGGAGCGGCUCGACAACCUCCUCCAGCGCGACGAAGAUGGGGGCGGAGCCAAUGCCUACGCCCCACCCCAGCCCCAGGAGACGCCCAAUCAAAAGCUGUGGUACCGCGACUUCCUGUCACUGGUCAACCACCCCACCUUGCACAGCGUCGACGAGUUUUGCGAGCAGAUUUGGAAGCGCGAGAGGAAGCAUAGAAAACAAAAGGCGCACAUGGUUCAAGCGCAGCACCAGCAGCAGCAGCAGCAGACAAAGACGAUAUUGAGUCCGAGCGUUCACGUGCACAGUCAAAUGCACGUUCCGAGUUUGGCGGCGAAAUGGAAACAUCUUCAGGAAAGACAGAAGGGGCGGAAUCGGAGAACCCAUGAUAUACAGAGAGCUCCGCGUAGUAUCGACUGACUGGACUUUGGAAUAUCUGAAAUCUUAACCAGAUGAUAAGACUGGAAUAAUAGACAAUAACAGCUUGGACUUUUACGGACAGCUGCUGAAAAGUGGACACUGGAUGACACAAUUAUUGACAGUAGUGUAAGGAUUUAAUAUGAAUAUUUUGAAAGUGGUUGGGGAACAAUAAAAACACUAGUUACUUUGAUGCGCUGCUUUGUGGUACGUUGUGAACUUUCUGGCAAGGUGGAAGCAAAGAAGGAUAGUCAAAAUAUGAUCAAGAUUAAAUAAGUAAGCAUGAAACAAAGAGGAGCCGUGCGUUAGGCAGUUUUAACGCACUGCGCAUGUUCCUCCGCAAACUGUGCUUCGACGGCAGUUAGCCAUGGGAAUCCUCACCGUUGUAGUCAUGUAUAAGAUAAUUAACCAGACUACAACAGUAUCCAGUAUAUUCAUUGCUAAAAUGGCUAACACAUGGAAACCACCACACAUAAUAGCAUUGUUUUAUGGUUACAAAAUGUCCAAGUUAGCAGUACAUCAAAAGUAGCAAUGAAAAGUUCACACUGCCCCAAAGAGCAGCAUAACAGUAACUAGUGUCACCAGCACACACUGUACAUGGACUACAUACUGAAAAGUGUCUGUGUCCUCCAUGCAUGCUAACUAGGUAUCCCUUUAUUAACCACUCAGCAGAUACCUACAAAUAGUUUUAUGGUUCUGUGGGAGAAAUAAAUGGACUGCGGUGGUGUUACAAGCACAAAAUAAGCUAUUGCGAGCACAGGAGCGGUACGAGGAGUUCAAAUGCCCAGGCACUGCAAGGAAACUGGGAACAGCGGUCAUCAGAGCUCACCAUUAACCAUUAAUGUAGGCUAGUAGCACAUAGCCAGGUUGCGCAUAAGAACAUUUACUUUUGAUUAUAAAUAAGGUGCACAGAUGUUAAAGCAUAGGCCUAAAACUUUGCGAAAGUAAAUGCCAAAAGAAAAGAAAAUUCUAGGACAUUUCAAACACUGUUGCUAGAGAAGCCGCUAAAGGGCUUGCAACGCUACUGUCUUUUUUAAAUGACAUUAAUACAACUUUCUGACACAUUUGCACUGUGUUUUAUUGCUUAAAAUGUAUGUUAAUGGAAAACCAGUCAAAUAGAUGCCCUUCCUGCAUUACCACUUAGUGAUGUCACAAGGUGUAACUAACCAAUAUGAGGCUGUAACCAAAUUAUAUAAGAUUAGACAAAUGUGCAUGAACCAAAACAUAUCUCUGGGGAAGUUUUCAUUUGGGAAUAAACUUGUCUAACUUAAAUGUUUUAAAUUAAACAGAAAAGUUACAUAGUGCACCUUUAAAUAACACUUUCAAUAUUAAACAGUGCGUAAAUAGUUAAUGCUGAGCUCUGACUGUCACUAUAUGUUGAAAUAUAUGUAAAAGUGUAGCUGAAAUGUAAAUAUUGUACUCAAAACAAAAGGGAAUAGCUUGCAGAUGUCUUUGUUGCAUUUUGUUCUCGGUAUAGUAAUUUAUUUAUGAAAAGCAGUCGUGAACAGGGAUAUUGUGAACUAGUCUGUCCUCGUGCCAAGAAUCAUAAUAUUUUGUAAUACUAUGUUUCGUGGCUCAUAAAAGUUACUCCCAUGUCUACAGUCGUAAAAGCAACUGUCACUGGGAUGUGUGCCUGCCAGAUAUGCGUCACGUUCCUCCAUUUUGUACACAGCCUGCUUUACUUGUAUUUAUUGACAUUAAAUAUUAUAAGAUGGUUCAAAAGGUGCAGUAUAAUAUUUGGGUUAAAGGGAUGGUCAAGUAUCUUGGUUUGCAGAAAAUGUGUCACAUUUAAAGUCAUUUAAAGUUUGGAGAAGCAGACAGGAGGAAUGAUUGCUGUUAACUGUUAAUGUAACCUGGGUUCUCUGAGUGUAAUUAACUUUCAACUCAAAAUUUGUGGUUAUAGUUUAUUAUUUGGCUCAUUUAAACUAUGUCUUGGAUUAGUACAGUUAUGACAUUUUAUCUAGCAAACAAAUCAAAGUAGAAAUAGCAAUAUUAUUAUUAUUAUUUUUUUAAUAUGAAAACAUCAGUGACAAAAGAUUAACCAAUGAAUCUGUAAUUCAGGAUCAUAUUCACCCAUUGAUCCAAAGGUUGAUGCGCCCACACUGUACACUCUGCCAUUGUAUCCAGUUUUCUCCUUCAAUACACUCAAUACUAUAUAAAUUACAACAAAAAAAAUCAAUAAAUACAAACUUCUGUCUUCUCCUCUAACAUGUAACACAAGUUACAAAAUUUAAGUGUUUUGGGUUUUGUUUUUUUCAAAGGUAGCCUAUUGAAAUAUAGGCAUGACAAACUGUAUACAUGGACAUAGCUAGAACGUUAGCUGCCAUGUUCCAAAUAGGAAGUGAACAUGGACGCGAUUCAGGUCUGGCUCCAGUUCAUUUUCUAUUGAAUAACUGUCACACCUCUCUGUAAACGCUUCUGUGAGCUUCGUCAUUUUGGUCUUAAAAUGUUCGCAUUAACCCGCCCUUCAUGUUCCUGUUAUAAUUUCAUUUGUAAAUCAAGAUAUGAACAUUUAUAUCAGACCGAUGAGGCGCCUUCUUUCUCCGAGGUCGCUCCGGCGUUAGCAACGGAUAGCAACCCCGGUUCCUCAAUACUUCUUUUGUUGCGAAUUUCCAAAUAUGGAUCCAAAUUAGCAUCUAUAACUGCUAGCCUCGUCUGGCUUCAUUCGGUCGGAGCUGAAUGCUAUGGUUGACGUCACACUUGCUUUGUCCACUUGUUUUUACAGCCUAAGGUACUGAACUAUCCCAGACAGAAACAAUGCAAUAUACCACUGGAAACUGCAGCCUAUGUGUAAUUCUCUAAUCAUAAUAAGACAUAAUCCGCAUUAAUAUGGUGCCCAUCUUCAUGUAUUUUAUGACACUUCUGGAUAUACCUGUGUAUUAAAAUGCACAAUCCUGGAAUGUAGCUGUGAACUAUUUAAAAAAAUGUAUAUCUUUAGUUCUAUGGGGCUCAUGAUACCUAGUGUAAAUACAACUAUUAUGGUCUAUGUUGAAUACUGUGUACUAGUGCAUGUGGACGUAAGUGUUAUGGCAUUGUAGUCUGACUUAUGUUGUUAAUGAAAAAAAAAAAAAAAAAAAAAAAAUUUAAAAGAUGUACAUAUUGAUGCAGUUAGUGAGAAAUUCUAUGAUUCUGUCCAGAUAUGAGGUCUGGAUUGACGUGCUGGCAUUCAAAAUGGAGGACUUUGGAAAUAAAAA